AAUGGUCGAAUCAUUUCUCCGACAACUUCUUCUUCCCAAUUACAACAUGUUUCUGUAUUGAGAUAGAUACUUUUCAUCAUUGAGACCGAAGCUCAGAGUGGUAUUGAACAGUCAACAUCUCCGUCAUGACUCAAUUUCUAACGCAAUCGAAAGCUAUCAAUAUAAACAUGGCAGAGCCUUCAACGAAAAAGAAUAUGACAGACUGGACUCAGCUCCCUGAAGAGUUACUUCAAAUGAUCAUCGAGAAACUGAACAACUGUUUCGAUGUUGUUAAUGCUCGCUCUGUUUGCAGCUCGUGGAGAUCUUUAUUUCCUUUUCCUUCUUGCUUACUAAUCCAAAGUUACUCUCUUCCGACUUAUCCUAUUGAAAAGCAAGGCUUGUGCUCCCUCGAGAAGAUCCCUUUGAUUCUCUUUAGAGUCCCAACCGCUGUUGAGUCGGUUUCUGAGUAUUUCGUGGGAGGAAUAUGCCGAGAUGAGUCUGGGGAUUACAUGGAGUUUCCAUCUCCUCUUCAGUGCACACUGAGAGUGAAGCUAGCAAGAUCUGAUUCAGCAUUGCAGCUAGCAGGAGCUGGUUUAAUGUGGAAGAAGAUAUUAGACUGUGAGUCAACAUGGAUGAACACGCGUGGUUGCCAGAUCAUUAACAUGGGCCAUCAGUACCAAAUAGUUUGUUGGAGUCCUGAAGGGUUGAGAAAAUCUGAGAGAGAUGUGGCGUAUCUUGAGCUAAGCAAGAAGGGAGUAAGUGAGUUCCUCGUGCUUCGCAGCUACUCUAACACUUUGGUUGUGUUCAAAAGUGGUGAAAGGAAGUGGAAGCGAGUUGAGAACGUCCCAGGCUAUUCAUCCACGGGAGUAGUUUCUUUUAGAGGCAAAUUUUAUGCAGCCUUUGUUGGACGGGACGUCUUUGUCAUCAAUCCUCGUUCACUGAAAGCGACCCGCCUAAGGAGGUCCUUGAAGCAUAGGGACGCAAAAAACUAUCUUGUCCCUAUUGGUGAUGAUGAACUUUUCCUAGUUGAGGAAAACGUGACUCCUAUUGAUGGAACAACUUUUGGAGUUUUUAGGCUAGAUGUAAAAGCUCGUAAAUGGGUCGAGGUUAGUGAUUUUGGAGACAGAGUGUUUUUUGUUGGAUGUUUGGUAAAUGUUGCUUGCUCGGUCAAGGAGCUUCCUGAUGGUUGUGGUGUGAGUGGGAACUCGAUUUUGUUCACUCAGUUAGGUCUUCAUAUCUCGUUCUAUGUAUACAGCAGUGGUUGUUGGAGAUCCUCAAGUGAGAGUCGUGUGGAGAUCAUCGUAUCUGGAUCUCCGGCGUUGGCUUUCAGUGUUCGUGUUAAGUAGCCAUAUGUCUUUACUUUUGGAUACUUGAGAUAUCUAUUGCUUUUGUUUUUGUAAGAGCCAAAACAAACUUAUCUUAUGACAUUAAGUGUAGAUUUUGUGCCUCUGAUGUCAUUUUGUCUGUUCUAAAAUAUCAACAGAACUUUGAUGAUGCAUGCAUUCAUGUAAGUGUAGUUUUAUUAGGCAUGUCUCACUGAAAUUCCGCUUUAUGGAGAAAUUUAUGAUUUU